GGAGCAGGGGUCAGUGGGAGAUGCUCUGUCCCUAUCCUUAACACAUAGGGUGAGGAUGCAGAUGAGGAAGACCUUUUCUGCAAAGUAGUGAGCUCAAGGUCACUUGGGGUGUGUAAGCAGAACACAAUUGCUGGACGAGCCUGCAGGCACCUCAACUCUGGGCCCCAGCAGUUCCUAGUUGUCACCUGCUGACCACCAGUCAUAUACAUGCCUGUAGGUCCCACCUGCUUGCUCCCAUGACCAACAUGAGCUGGAGCUUCCUGACGCGGCUGCUGGAGGAGAUCCACAAUCAUUCCACCUUCGUGGGCAAAGUGUGGCUCACUGUGCUAGUGGUCUUCCGAAUUGUGCUAACGGCUGUGGGUGGCGAGUCCAUCUAUUCGGAUGAGCAAUCCAAGUUCACCUGCAACACGCGGCAGCCGGGCUGUGACAAUGUCUGCUAUGACGCCUUCGCGCCCCUGUCGCACGUGCGCUUUUGGGUCUUUCAAAUCGUGGUCAUCUCCACGCCUUCUGUCAUGUACCUGGGCUAUGCAGUCCACCGCCUGGCGCGCGCCUCGGAGCAGGAACGUAGACGCGCCCUCCGUCGUCGCCCCGGCCCCCGGCGCGUGCCCCGGGCGCAGCUGCCACCGCCGCCUCCUGGCUGGCCAGACACCACGGAUCUGGGUGAGGCGGAGCCCAUACUGGCGCUGGAGGAGGAGGAGGACGAGGAGCCGGGGGCGCCCGAGGGCCCCGGGGAAGACACGGAGGAGGAGCGCGCAGAGGAUGUAGCUGCCAAGGGGGGCGGAGGUGAUGGCAAAACGGUGGUCACUCCUGGCCCGGCCGGGCAGCACGACGGGCGACGGCGCAUCCAGAGGGAGGGCCUGAUGCGCGUGUACGUGGCUCAGCUGGUGGUAAGGGCGGCCUUCGAGGUGGCGUUUCUGGUGGGCCAGUACCUGCUGUACGGCUUCGAGGUGCCACCCUUCUUUGCCUGUAGCCGCCAGCCUUGCCCGCACGUGGUGGACUGCUUCGUGUCGCGGCCAACCGAGAAGACGGUCUUCCUGCUGGUCAUGUAUGUGGUUAGCUGCCUAUGCCUGUUGCUCAACCUCUGUGAGAUGGCGCACCUGGGUCUCGGCAGUGCGCAGGACGCUGUACGCGGCCGUCGGGGAGCCUCAGCGCCGGGUCCUGGCCCUGCGCCACGCCCGCCGCCCUGCGCUUUCCCAUCCGCCGCCGCCGCCGGGCUGGCUUGCCCUCCCGAAUACAGCCUGGUGGUGCGCGCGGCUGAGCGGGCGCGUGCGCACGACCAGAACUUGGCUAACCUGGCCCUGCAGGCACUGCGCGAUGGGGCGGCGGCGGCAGCGGUGGUCGCGGAUCGGGACAGCCCGCCAUGCUCAGGGCUCAAUGCAGCCUCUCGGGGGGCACCCAGGGCGGGUGGCCCAGCUUCCGGAACCGGUAGCGCCACAUCGGGGGGCACCGUUGGGGAGCAGGGCCGACCGGGAGCUCAGGAACCCUUGGCCACUAAGCCCAGGGCUGGCUCUGAGAAGGGCAGUACAGGCAGUAGGGACGGCAAGGCCACAGUGUGGAUCUGAGGGCACUGGGGAGAGAGCUCAGGGAGGGCCUGGCUUGAGGGGUCAAUGGAAACCUUUCUGUCCUCAACCGGUGACCGCUGACAGACCCCCUAAGGGCUUUUAGAAGAGGAAGCUGAAGACCCUUAAGAAGCGCCGGCUCAGGUAUCUCCCUGCAGGAUGGGAAGGGGAGUCACCAGGGUCUUGUCUGUGGCCCCUGGGGAGGGGGAAGGGGGCAGAGCUGUGUCCCAGGAACUGACUGCCCCUCCAGGCUGUUAAGCAGAUGACCCCUCAGUCAUCCGCUGAGUCUACCAGUCCUUCCUUUUAGGCUCUCCUGCAGCUUCCUCAUAGGAUGGAGGUGUCUGGCAUGAACCUUUUGGGGACUGUGCUUACCCUCACUGCAGGAGCAUAUAGGUUCCUCUACAGCCCCCUCAGCCCUUACAGAGCCAGGGAACUCCCAGGUCCGGGACAAGCAGAUAGCCUUGGUCUACUCCCAGCUCUUGGCUCCCUGCUUGAGGCAACUGAAGGAGGCCGGGGCAGAGUACAGCCUCCACUCCCUGAGCUGAGGUAGCCUGGCAUGGGCCGUUUCUAGGACAUCCUGGAAGUUCUGUCAUGCCUUGCUGCUUAGAUCCAUAAGGCUGUGGUCCAGGGCUGUGGUUUUGGCCAUGUUGGAAGAUUAGAGCUCUGGGGAGCCUGUCCCCAUCUUUUGUGCCCUUCUACCUGUUUUAAAGCCAAC